AUGUGCGAGCACCUGCCUUACCAUCUUUUGGAGAGGGAGCCACAGGCCGCACUGAAGAGCGACCUGGAAAAUAGCUACUACUCCCUUUGGAGGAUGGGUGGGAAGCUCAUCCAGCGAGGGGACUCGGAGGAUCACGGACUUAGUGGCGGCCCAUCACCAACCAUCAGAUGCUCGGUCGACUUAAAAAAAAAAGCCCUAUCUCUCUUUACCUGUCACUGUCUCUCUCUCCCUCUCCAUCUCCACCAGCUCAUCUCUCCCUCUCCCGUCCUCGAUCUCUCUCCCCCAUACUCUCUCGAUCUCUCUCCCUUCCUCUCCCUCCGCCUCUCGAUCUCCCUCUCCUCCCUCUCUCUCAAUCUCUCUUUCCCUCAUUUUCUUCGACGUGUUGUUCCUUCUUCUAUCUAUCUCCAACAAUCGAAGAAAGUAGAAGAAAGAAGAGAAAAUCGAAGCUGCAAUCAUCAGGAUGGAAGACAGAACGUCUUCUAUCUUCUUCGACUGUUUGGAGGGAACAUUGGAUUCAUGGUCCUUCGAAUGAAAAGAUCAACUAGGGUGCUUCGGGUUGAAUACUUGCAAAUCAAAAUACCCAUGCAUAUGGUAUCAUGCUUAUUGUAAGUAUUUAUCUAUGAUUUUAUAUCGAGAUAGAUGUCUUGAACAAGAAACAAAUUUUAUUUGUAUAUCUUGCACACAAGUACCACAUUGGCUCAUGUGGAGAGUAAGAUCCAGAAUUUGACUCUCAUGAGCAUACACAGAAGGGCUCUUCAACCAAUGGGG